CUUUCAAGUCUUCUCUCUUUUGCUGUGGAGUUUUGAGUAAAAUGAAAAAUGGCCGGCGUUAACGACUGGUUUAGCAUUGGAAGUACAGUAGCAUGUAAAACAUGUUAUAAUAAAGAAAUUGAGGGUGAAGUGCUAGCAUUUGAUCCACAAACUAAAAUGCUCAUUUUAAAAUGCCCAUCAUCAUCAGGUAGAUCUAGUUUGAACGAUGUACAUAUAGUGAAUUUAUCAUUGGUUUCGGAUGUUCAAGUAAAAAGAGAAGUGAGUCCAACAUCAACAGAGCCACCUCAAAGUCUUAAUUUACAAAGGCUGAACACACGAGUUCGUAAUCAAGUUGAAGAAAAAAAACGUAUUGUCAAGGCUCUGCAGGCCGGAGUAUCACCUGAAGGACAAAAGCUUUUUAUUGCUAUUUCAAAGACCAUUCAACAUAUCACUUGGUCUGGCGAAAAUAUUGUUGUUUGGAAUGAUGUAACUAUUGUACCGCCUUAUAAAGUUGAUAAUGUUCAUGGGAAUGUUGAAUCCAAACCUUAUGUACAUGUUAGAAAAGUAGUUGAAAAGCAUAUGAAAGACACAGCAGCAGCAGAAAUUCAGCAAUCACAGCUACAAAAAAAUAGUAAUGCGCAGUAAAUAAAUUGAAAUGUCACUGAGGAUAUAUAAUUAUACAUAAUUAACUAAUUGAAAACAAAAAUUUUUAAUUGCGAAAGGAGUGAAUGAAUUGAAUUUUAGUUUAUUUAUGGCAAUGUUGAUCAUGAUAAUUGUGGCAAUGACAACGAACAUCUGGAUAAUUUAUAGAAGAUCAAAAUCUAAUGUUGAUUUAUCAAUAUUCCAAUGAUAUCUGAUGAAAUUUAUUUAAUUAUGAUCAUAAACAUAUUGUCAUUAAUUAAAAAAUUAAAAUCACAAACAUAUAUAUAUAAUUAUAA